AUGUACAAUUCAUCCAUAGAGAACAAACCAUCAUCCACACAAAAACCAUCCUUGACUCAACCCUGCAAAGUAGCUUUGACAUCCACUCUAAAAACGGGCACUACUAGAAAACAGCCCUUUAAUGACGCGCAAACAAUAACACUCUCUGAUAGAGGUCGUGCAUUUGUGCAUGCCCUAAAAAAUAAUUCUCUAGUCGAAGACACCGACGAAGCCUCCUCCUCCGGCCGGUUCCGUCUCCCCCUUCUUUCACGUUGUUUACAGAAUCGACAGAAAGCUAGGCCACCGUCAUCACCGCUCCGGAAGAAAUCCAGCCAUGAAAGGGAUAAUCUUGCAGAUUCAAUCACUCCAAAUCUGAGCCUGAAAACUCUCUCCCACGAAUUAAGGGUAGUUGAACCCUAUGAGGAGUGUGGGGGCCCAAAACAACGUUGUGUGUAUAUCUCCUAUCUUGAUUCUGUAAAGUACUUUAGACAUGAGAGAAAGAGUGUGAGUGGUGAAUCACUUAGGACCUUUGUUUAUCUUGAAAUAUUGAUUGGAUACCUCGAGUAUUGCAAGACAUGGGGUUUCGCCACCUGUUAUAUAUGGGCAUGUCCUCUUUUAAAAGGAGAAGAUUACAUUUUUUACUGCCAUCUAGAGACUCAGAGAACACCAAAGCAGGAUAAGCUACGACAGUGGUCCAAGUCAAUGCUAAAUAAAGUGUCGGAAGAUGCUGUUGUUAUGGACUACACAAAUUUAUACAAUCAGUUUUUUGUUGCUAGUGGAGAGGGGAAUACAAAGAUAACUGCAGCUCGUUUGCCCUUUUUUGAUAGUGAUUAUUGGUCAGGGGCAGCUGAAAAUAUAGUUAGGAAACUUGAAGUGGAAGAAACUAGUGAUGGUGGAUUGCAAAGCAAGCUGCCUAACAAGAGAAUCUUGAAAGCCAUGGGACACGAUAAACCUGAUGUUGCAGUCAAGGAUGUGUUAGUGAUGCAAAAGUUAAUCUUUUUGAAGGAGCAUCAACAUUCUCGCACUUCAUCAAAUAAUCAAGCUCGAUCUUCACAGAGUUAUGCUGACAUUAAAUCAUACAUUAUAACAACUCAACUUGAUCCUGGAGUCUACAAAAAUCAUGUUGAAGAUACAACAACAUCAAACUUGACUGGAUUUGAAUUUGUUGUUAUUGGCAAUUUUCAUCUUGCUGGAGGCAAAAUUACUGAAGAAAGUCUUUGGCACCAUUUAGGGCGAUUGGGGAUGUCACAGAUUGAUGAAAGGCACACUGAUUUUGGGAAUAUCAAACAGACAUUGGAAACAUUUCUUCAGGUACUAAAGGUGGUUCAAGUGGAUCCCCAAUCAGUCUUCAAAGUCAAACAGAGCAGUGAGGAGAUUCAAAACUUCCAAGACUUUAUAAAUGUUGUAUCUAAGCUUUGUAAAGGAGAUUUACACUCGUGA